CGUCUCUUAUAAAAGCGACCGCAAUGGCUCUGUCGCCACAGCUUCGCGGGGAGGCGGCGAUCGGGAGCAUGGUGCCGGGCGGCGGGCAGGGCUUGGCCGCCCUGCUGCUGCCGCUCCUGCUCCGGCUGUGCGAGGUGAGCGGCCGGGAGGCGGCGUGUCCCCGGCCGUGCAGCGGGGGGUGCCCGGAGGAGCCGCCGCGCUGCGCCCCGGGGGUGCCGGCGGUGCUGGACGGCUGCUCCUGCUGCCCGGUGUGCGCCCGGCAGCGAGGCGAGAGCUGCUCCCCGCUAAUGCCCUGCGACGAGAGCGGCGGCCUCUACUGCGACCGCGGCCCCGACGACAGUGGGGACUCCGGCAUCUGCAUGGUGCUGGAAGGGGACAACUGCGUGUUCGACGGGAUGAUCUACCGCAACGGGGAGACCUUCCAGCCCAGCUGCAAGUACCAGUGCACCUGCCGGGACGGGCAGAUCGGCUGCCUGCCCCGCUGCAACCUCGACCUGCUGCUCCCCGGCCCGGACUGCCCCUUCCCGAGGAAGGUCGAAGUGCCCGGAGAGUGCUGCGAGAAGUGGAUCUGCGACCCAAAGGACGAAGUGAUUUUGGGAGGUUUUGCUAUGGCUGCAUACAGACAGGAGGCCACACUUGGGAUCGACGUGUCUGAUUCAAGUGCCAAUUGUAUUGAACAGACAACAGAAUGGAGCGCUUGUUCCAAAAGCUGUGGAAUGGGCUUUUCCACCCGUGUCACCAACAGAAAUCAACAGUGUGAGAUGGUGAAGCAGACACGCCUUUGCAUGAUGAGACCUUGCGAAAAUGAAGAGCUAUCUGAUAAGAAAGGGAAAAAAUGUAUCCGAACGAAGAAGUCCCUGAAAGCUGUUCGCUUUGAAUACAAGAACUGCACUAGUGUGCAGAUGUACAAACCUCGUUACUGUGGCCUCUGCAGUGAUGGGCGAUGCUGUACUCCACACAACACCAAAACGAUUCAAGUUGAGUUCCGCUGUCCUCAGGGCAAAUUCCUAAAAAAGCCGAUGAUGUUGAUCAACACCUGUGUCUGUCAUAGUAACUGUCCUCAGAGUAACAACGCUUUCUUCCAGCAGUUAGAUUCCACAUCUAGCGAAGCAAAAAUAUGAAAUUAUGAAAUGCAUAAUUUGGGUUGCCCAAAAGGUAUGUAGUUUAUACAAAACUUGACCCACAAUCAGGUGAAUGUAAUAAUUGCAUAUGUAAAAUAUCUAAGAUUUUUUCAAAACUAAAUACUUUCGAUUUUUCCUGUAGUUAAUUAAAUACCUCAUUUGACAUUUCCCCCUCUCCAAAUGUCUUUUAUUCACUUGAAGGAAACUGUACCUUGGACAGAGCCUUCUUUUUUUCUUAACAGUGGCAUGGAGAUUACAAAGAGAACAGCUAGUCUUUCCCUUUGAGUUUAGGGGAUCAUGCCACAAACUUUGGUAGGAAUAAGACGGGGCUUUUUAAUAAUAAAUGGAUUCCUUGGGGAAUUCAUGAUAGUAUGCCACAUAAGCUUCCGGGUUCUUAACUUCACUUUGCAUAAUGUGCAUAAACAUUUACACACUGUUCUUUCUUCCAUUCUAAUGAAAUUCUUUCUGAUAACCAUAAAAAUCUUUCUGAUGAGAGUGUUGAAUUCUUGUGGCUUAUAAUAUAUCUUCUUUCUGUACUUCUUGACUUUCUCUGAGUUUAAUUUGUCACAUAUCCUCAGAAAUGACAUGGCUAAGAUCUCUUAUCCUGAAGCAUAGGAGAUUGAUAGCUGACAGCAAUUAAAUUUCUCUUUGGUAGCUUCAUUAGCAGCCUAAUCCAAAACCCACUGAAGUCAGUGUCUUAAAUGAACUUGGUUCUAAGCAAUGUGUGUCUGUAGAUAGAAGUAUUUGGAUGCAAAAAUAAAAUUGUUGUAAAUUCCUCUAAAACACUAACUGUAUCAUAUGGUGCUUCAUUUAUUAGAAAGGUGUAUAUGUAAAUAGAAACUGUAUAUAUUGUAAUAUAACUUUUCUCUACUAAGUAAAUAAACUUUAUGUGAUCCAAAAUA